AUGCAGCAGUCGCAGCAAAUACAGCAGUCACAGCAGUCACAACAAUCGCACAACUCCCACCAAUCGCACCAUCCUCCAGACGACCCCACCGCGGGAUCCAUCGACAUCGACGACAUGAUCCAGAGACUUCUUAACAUUGGCUACAGCGCAAAGUACUCCAAAUCACUCCCCAUAAAGCCUGAAGAGCUCACGCAGCUCCUCCAACUCAGCCGAAACCUCCUCCUCAACCAGCCAACACUCAUCGAACUAAACCCUCCCGUAAAAAUCGUUGGCGACGUACACGGCCAGUACUCUGAUCUCAUUCGCCUAUUCGAUAUGUCUGGUUUUCCCCCUCAAUCCAAUUACCUCUUCCUCGGCGACUACGUUGACAGAGGUAAGCAAUCUCUCGAAACUAUCCUCCUUCUUCUCUGCUACAAGCUAAAAUACCCUGAAAACUUUUUCCUUCUCCGUGGUAACCAUGAGUGCGCCAAUGUUACUAGAGUCUAUGGCUUUUACGAUGAGUGCAAGAGACGCUCCAAUGUUAAAAUCUGGAAACAGUUUGUUGAUGUCUUCAACAGCUUUCCAAUAGCUGCAGUGGUAGCCUCCAAGAUAUUCUGCGUCCAUGGUGGUUUAUCGCCCAACCUCACAACCAUGGAUGACAUUAGAAGGAUACAGCGACCUUUAGAUGUACCCGAUUAUGGUCUGCUUAAUGAUCUUCUCUGGUCUGAUCCAUCCGAUACUGCUUUCGAUUGGGAGGAGAAUGAACGAGGUGUGAGCUACUGCUUUGGGAAGAGCGUCAUCAAUGAUUUUCUAAGUCGAUACGAGUUUGAUCUCAUUUGCAGAGCUCACAUGGUCGUUGAGGAUGGUUAUGAAUUCUGGAAUGACAGAACUCUCGUUACCAUCUUCAGCGCACCAAACUAUUGCGGAGAGUUUGAUAACUUUGGUGCUAUCAUGUCCGUCUCUCAGGAUUUGCUCUGCGCAUUCGAGCUGUUGAAACCACUAGACAGCCAAGCACUCAAGAAGGAGAUGCACAAAUCACGCAAAAGGAGAAACCAGCAACUGGCCCACACUAAUGAUUCCAAUCAAUGA